GUACUUAGUGUAAAACACGUUAAACGAAUGAGGAGGAGGAGGAGGAGCAUUGACGUUAGUUACCCUUUCUUUCUUUCUUUGUUUGCACUUGUUUUAAAGAUAUAAAAAAUCAAGAAAGAAAGAAAGAAAGAAAUAGAAUAGAAUUCCUGGUGGUGAAGGAAGGAAGGAAGGAAGGAUCCCCAAAUCAAAUCAGGAUCCACGGCAACUCAAAUAAAAUAAAACCAAACCAGAGAGAGAUUGGAUUCGUGUCUUCUCCAAUUCAAUUCCUCAGAUCCACUGGUAGAAUAGAAAUAAUUGAUUGGAUGAAAGAAGGAGGGGGAGGGUGGUUGUUGUAUGAAUGGAGGAGAAGGAAACAGCUUUCUCUCUUGUUCAUCUUUCUUCUUCUUUCUACCACUUUUAUUCUUUGGUCUUCUUGGGGCCCAAACACCUCCUUUCUCACCACAAUCUCCUCCUCCUUAUCUCCUCCUCAACAGCAGCAGCAGCAGCAGAUGCAGCAGCUUAAUCCAGAUUUCAAUUCACCAUUAAUGCCAGCAUCAGCAGCUGGAGAAGUAAAAAAAGUUGCAGAUGAUGAUUUAUCAUCAUCUCCAGUGACUUCUUCUUCUAUUAACACACCCCCCGAUGUGAAUGUGAAUGUGAAUGUGAAUGUGGAUAUAAACACACCCUCUCCCUCUUCCGACAUUCAAGCUGAGGAUAAUAAUAAACAUGAUGAUGAUGAUGAUUCAACCACUCACCAUGAUAAUAAUAAUAAUAAUACCACACAAAUUCUUGUUUCUGACUCCAAACAACACUUACUUGAACCCAAGAAACAAGACUCACCCGCUGCGGAAAACCAAUCCUGCACCAACUUUGGUAGAGGAAAAUGGGUCAGGGAUGACACUCGCCCUCUGUAUUCGGGAUUUGGUUGUAAACAGUGGUUGUCAUCGAUGUGGGCUUGCCGUUUGACACAACGCACGGAUUUUGAAUACGAGAAGUUAAGAUGGCAGCCAAAAGAUUGCCAAACGGAUGACAUUUCAGGGCCUAAAUUUCUUAAAAGGAUGCAAGACAAAACGCUGGCGUUUAUCGGAGAUUCCUUAGGGCGGCAGCAGUUCCAGUCAUUAAUGUGCAUGAUCACUGGCGGUGAAGAGCGGCAAGAUGUUCAAGACGUGGGUAAGGAAUACGGUCUAGUAAAAGCCCGUGGGUCGGUUCGACCCGACGGCUGGGCUUACCGGUUCCUGGUUACCAACACUACAAUCCUCUAUUAUUGGUCUGCUAGUCUUUGUAACUUGGAGCCAAUCGACCCCCGAAACAAAACCACCUAUAUCGCCAUGCACCUGGACCGUCCACCAGCUUUUUUACAACGUUAUAUUAACCGAUUCCAUGUGGUGGUUCUGAACACGGGCCAUCAUUGGAACAGAGGGAAGCUUAACGCCAACCGGUGGGUUAUGUAUGUGGGUGGGAAACCUAACACCGAUAGGAAGAUAGCAGACAUAGCAAGUGCUAAGAACUUAACGGUUCACAGUAUUGUAAAGUGGGUAAAUGGUGAAUUACGAAAAUACCCUGGGUUGAAGGCGUUCUACAGGUCGAUUUCACCUCGGCAUUUCUUUAACGGAGAUUGGAACAGUGGAGGCACAUGUGACAGUAGUACCCCUGGAGCGUUGGAAGUAUUACAAAACGUGUCUAGUGAUUCUUUAGCUUCAGGGGCAGUGAAGGGAACAGAUGUGAAGCUUCUGGACAUAACGGCGUUAUCGGAGGUAAGAGAGGAAGGACAUAUAUCAAGGUACAGCAUCGGAGCCACUCCGGGUAUGCAAGAUUGUUUGCAUUGGUGCUUACCGGGAAUUCCAGACACAUGGAACGAGCUUCUUUUUGCACAAAUCUGAGCAUGUGGUUUUGUAUUGUUGUUAUCAUAAUAUCUAUCAUUCAUUAGCUUCUUGUUUUGUAGCAUUAAAGAAAGGACAUAUUUGUUAUACUUGCGAUGAUAUAUAACAAACUGGUUUAGAAUUGA